UCAACCCCCGUAUAAGCCGAAGAAGUGUGGAGAUUUUCGAGGGCUCCCAGUGGCGCCACAGCAGCCUCUCCCCGCUGCAGGAGAGAGCGCGACCACACACCAUAAGCCAGAUUCCACCCUCACCCGAAACAGGAUUGGACAGGUACGAUGCGAGCGGUGCUGUGGAUGAUGUCCCACCGCCGUCGCUGUAUGAUACCAGAGAGCCACUUGAUGAUGGCAUUAGGAACGCCGUCGACAGUGACGGAUCGCAGCUUAUCGGCGAAUUUGAAGAAAAAAUGAGAGAACUAAUAGAUGAGUGGCGAAGUCUCGAGCAUGUGUAA